CCUGAGUUUUGCUGAGCGCAUUAUUUGACUGCGAAUAGCCUAGGCUUACAUGACAUUUUAUGGAAUUUCUACAUUUUGAAUAUGACUAGGCCUAUAGUUAACUUUAUUUCACAUUCAUUAAUUUGCAAGUAUGUAUUUAUGGUAGGCUAUUUAAAGCUCUGAGGACAUCAUGGACACCAAUAGAAAGUGGCAGGAGAUUACUUUCAGCAGAAUGCCUACUACAACUAUACUUGAAAGGGCACGCACCUCAAACUGUGACAGCAGCGCGCUAAAUGAAACUAUUUUGACAGUGACAUCGAUCUGUGUCUGACUGUGUCCAUGAUGCGCUGCCUCGUUCAGAAGAAAACAUACCUCGUCAUUUUAUCUCCACUGCUACUGUUCGCCCUCCUCCGCUACUGGACUCGAAGGGCCACCACCACUGUUGACGUGGGACCAGGUCAGAGCUACAAGGCACAGAACGUUCUGAAGGAGAGGCUACAAAAUGUCCAGAAUAGUUAUGACAAUAUCCCAUAUGUCCUGAAGGAAAGUGUGGCAGGGCGUCUGGCACUGAACGUGUGUGUGUGUGAGGCAGAUAAGAAGCCUGCCAUCGACCUGCCUUUUGCCCAAGUGCUGUUCCCCCGUGUCUGGGCUCAGGAUGACUUCCACACAGCCUUCCAGGAGGCAGAGCUGGCUCAGGUGAAAAGUCGCAGGCAGCAGGAGUACAACAGCUUCCAGCAGAGGUACCAGACUCCCGCAGACCUCCUUGUUAUAGCAGAAGCCAACAGUCCCCUACAGUACCCUACCCAGGGGGUGGAGGUUCGCCCUCUCAAGACUAUCGUUAUCCCUGGGUUGGGUCUGAAAGAAAAGCAUAGACAACUUCAUACAGUGAAUCUGACUGCUACCCUGGGGACAUUUGAUGUGUUAGCCACCGUAGACGGGGUCUCCAUUAGAGGACAGGGAGUGAUGCACAUGACUUUGUCCAGUAGACUCCUCUCCACUCUGAACAGACAGCUACAGUUUGUCACCUACACCAACACCUUGUUCCACCCUAGGACGGCUGACACAGUGCAGUUUGAGACUGAUGGACACCAGUCCGUUUUUACCAUAAAGGUUGGACAUGCUGUUAUUCCCAAGCUCUAUCACUCAGGUUACACUGGAGAAUACAACAUAAGCUCACUUGUCACCAUAGCUACCAAGACAUUUCUGCGUUAUGACAAACUGCAGGAUCUGAUUGACAGCAUACGGGAGUUCUAUCCCACUGUCACCAUAGUGAUAGCAGAUGACAACGAGCACCCCCAGCCAGUGAUGGGUCCAUACAUUGAACAUUACAUUAUGCCAUUUGGGAAGGGUUGGUUUGCAGGGAGGAAUCUGGCUGUCUCUCAGGUGACCACCAAGUAUGUGCUGUGGGUGGAUGAUGAUUUCCUCUUCACCUCCAACACCAGGCUGGAGAAAAUGGUGGAGAUCCUGGAGAAGACCACCCUGGACAUGGUGGGUGGUGCUGUGAGAGAAGCUACAGGCUACACUGCUACUUACCGCCACACCAUCUCAGUGGAGGAAGGGGGUGAGGAGGGGGACUGUAUACACAUCAGAAAUGGAUACCAUCAUGUCAUUGAGGGCUUUCCUAACUGUGUCCUAGCUGACGCUGUUAUCAACUUCUUCAUGGGGAGGACAGACAAGAUGCAGCAAGUGGGAUUCGAUCCUCGUCUGAACCGUGUGGCUCAUCUAGAGUUCUUCAUCGACGGGCUUGGGAAUCUCCACAUAGCUUCCUGUGAUGACAUCAUCAUAAACCAUGCAUCUAAGAUCAAGUUGCCAUGGGGCAAGUCGCACAGUGAGAAGGCAUACGCCAAGUUCCGCUACUCCUCAUCGGAUGCUGUCCAAAUCAAAAAUGCCCUUUUUUACUUCAAGAACAGACUCAAAUGCAUGUCUAGUAACUGAAACAGGCUCUACAAGCUAUCACUUGAGGUUUUAAAACUGAGGUUUUUACUUUUGUUACAAUGAGCAGCCAUUUUUUGUCAUCACCAACAGAGGUGUCAUGCCCAUAGGGGGCAUAGGGGCAUGUUCCCCCCUCGGAUUAUAUUUUGUGUAUGUAAUUGUUGUUUCUCUGUAAUACUAUUAGCCACCAAUGAUUUUUAUGAGGUUUUUACCCGGGUUUUAGCAGAGAUUCGGAGAAUAAUAUUUAUCACCAGUCAGGAGGAUACAGACUGCUCAAGAGGGUAUGCUAAGUAACCAGUCAAAUAUACAUAUUUUUUAGAUAUAUGAAGCGUAAUGAUUAUAGAUGGCAGGAAAAAGCUGUUUCGGGUUUUAAGAACAAAUGUAAAAUCGUCAACUCCCGGACGAGGGACAUAAACCCUCCCCCAGCCACCCUCAUGUACUUUGUGCCCCUCUGAUUUUUGGUCACCACCACAGCAUUUGUUGUGGACACAGUGAAUGUGUGGAAACAAACAUUGAAAGUGAAGAACCAAGCCAA